UACUGUUUUCCGUCAAUUUUAACAAGAGUGGUGCCUCUUGUCUCUAAACGCGUGUUCAACGAGCAGUCUUUCUUCUUCUCGUUCGCUCACCUGUGAGUCAUCGUGCGAAGAAAAAGUCUCGUAUCUAAGAAGACUUUUCGCUGUUUCUUCAGACAUCGUUCGUCUUAAUUAAGUGGCCCAAAACUGAUCCAAAUUCGUCAUCCAACUAUUUUUGAAAAAUUAAUCGAGUCGGUAAUCAAAUGCGAAUGUUAAAUAUGUAGCGACGUCGAUGUAGGAUCGAAGAUUUCCGAGUGGAUAUAUAUAUAUAUAUAUAUAUAAAGGACACAAAUAAAAAGAGAAUUUUCUCAAAAUGCAUUGAAGAUAGUUCUCGAAAACAUCGCUUCUUUUACAUGAGACAGAAAAGUAUCACGACUUUGCGAGGCUACGUAGAACGAUGGACACGAUGAAGAGAUCCCGAAUCUUUGCGAAGCGAAUCACGCCGCAUCGAGGGAUGAUCGGCGGUGUUUGAAAGAACGGAUAGAAAAUCGUCUUUAUGAUAUUCCCAGGACAGAGAGAGACAAUGUCAAACUUUUAGAAUGCGAAACGAAGAAAGAUGUGGAUAAAGAAGCGAAGCGGUGCUAAAGUCUGGCUACUGCUGCUCGUGUUGUUGCUGGUCCAAGAUGGCAGAUGUAUAAAAUGGCUCGGCCUCGGUCGCACAAGCGACACGCAUACGUGGACCAGAGAGGCGUGCACCAGUGCGAAGAGCGCGGGUCUGUUGGAGAGGAAACAGGCGAGGGCAUGCAGGGCUGCGCCGGAUGUGAUGCCUGCCUUGGUACAAGCCGCUAAAGAUACGUCAACGGUAUGCCAGCAGGCCUUCAGACAUCGCAGAUGGAACUGUAGCAGCAUCGAGCGCGCGCCUGACUACACACCUGAAUUACUUACAGGAACGCGAGAACAAGCCUUCGUCUAUGCGAUGUCGGCCGCCGCUGCGGUUUGGAGGCUCGCGCGAGGAUGCGCUUUGGGGAGCUUGGCGGCUUGUUCUUGCGCGACUCCACCGCGAAGAGAGCCACCCUCGCCAUCCGCGCUUAUCUCGCCCUCAUCCUUCACCACCAUGUCCGUCUCUUUCGACACGCUGUCCGUAAGGAACUCGUUCAAGUGGGGCGGCUGCGGGGACGACGUGAGAUCCGCUUCGAGGAUGGCCAAGCGGUUUCUUCAGGGUGCAACGCCGCCUGGUACCGGAGGGACCGCCAAGUUUAUGCACGCGGUCAAUAUGCACAACAAUAGAGCGGGUCGGAGGGCGGUCGAGCAGUCCUUGACUUUGGAGUGUAAGUGCCACGGGGUGUCGGGUUCCUGCAGUGUGCGUACCUGCUGGCGCGGUCUAGGUGCAUCGGGACCAUCCGCCGCCGGAAGCCGUUUGCUACGCAGAUACGCCACCGCGGCAGAGGUCAGGCUGAGAUCUGGCGGCAGAUUGCCGCCUUUGUAUCACCACGAUAAUCUGCUCUAUACCACCAAGAGUCCCGAUUACUGCUUACCCGAUAAGAAGAGAGGCAGCCUCGGCACGAUAGGCAGACAAUGCAACGGCAGCAGUUCCGGCUAUGAGGGAUGCGAGUACCUUUGCUGCGGCCGCGGCCACGUGACCAGGACUGAGCAGAUCUACGAAAGAUGCGACUGCAAGUACAUCAGCUGCUGCUACGUCAAGUGCAAAACAUGCAGCCGGAUCGUGAAGACGUACGAGUGCAAUUAAGAAUAACGCGAAUUGUCCGGGACAAUUGGCGACGGAGAUGUGUAAUCUCCGCUUGACAAAGAAGAAAUAAAUUCGCGCGCGUGAGCGCGUUGCAAAUUAAGCUAAAAUUAAUUAAUUAAUUUUGCGAGAUGCGUUCGCAUAUAAAAAUCCCGAUCCGGGAUGAUAAUUAUUUAGGCGAUAAAUUAUUUAACGUGAAUGUGUACGACUCUCUCUCUUUCGCGUGGCGGUACGUAGUAAAAAGAGUUAUUUAUAUCGUGCUACUUGCUAUUUAUUCGAUGUGUGUGCGUGUAUUGCGGCAGAUGAUUGCGAAUAAACGCGUUCAUUCCUGCCGACAGAUUCGCGGAGUUAAAUGUAAAUCGGCGUUGUCGACGUCGAUGUGUUAUCGUCGUCGCAACCUCGAGAACGUAGAUCAGAGCAGUGUACAUAGAAUGCUCGAUAUUUCGAUGUAACCUACAUUUACAUUCUGCAAAUACACGUUGCUUGGAAAUGGCGGCCGACUUUAUCCUUUUUCCUGAUUCUCGCAAUAUUUAUAUAUGUAUGUACAAUUUGAUAUUCGUGUCGAAUGUAUGUACGACAAGAUUCAAUUUCCAAACUGGAAAACUUGCGCUUGAUUAUGAAUAAUUCAGCAGCCGAGAGGCAAAGCGUUGCGAAUUCGUUUCGACAGAAACGGCGCGGCGGUCAGAUAAUAUUAUGCCUUGAGAGAAAAAAAUUUCUUUCCUGCUAUAAACGAAAGAUUUACAGUUAAUCAAUAUGCAUUUAAUGAGAACUACUUUAUGAGUAGUACCAAUAAGUAUCGCUUUUUAUGAGACAAUGAAAUUAUACUGCUAAUUAGAACGC